AUGAGCUAUAGAACAAUUGCAUUGAUGCAGAAUAGCAGAAGGCUAUUGACUUGUGCACAAGGUCGCUAUCUACAUACAUGCAGGCCACAAUAUGGUAUUAUCAAGGAUGCAGGAGAAAAAGCUCAGGAUAUGGCUGAAGCAGCAAAAGAAAAACUGAGGGAAGCGGGCAAAACCGUCAAGGAAACGGUAAAGGAAGGCUACGAGAAGGUGACUGACAUAGGAAACAAGGAAACAGAUACUGUUCAUGGCAAUUAUCCACGUGGAAAUGUCGGUCAACCCAUUAAUAAAUCUGGCCAAACUUCAGAUGUAAGAAGAGGUCGAGGCAAAGGAUCGGCGGAUGAGUUGGGAGAUGCAGAAUCCGGAGGAGCUAAGUCUGGGAAGAUGAAGAGCGGUUCUGAGGCUUACAGGGAAUAG